AUGGCUAAUAAGGCCAAGUGGCCCCAGUUGGGCGUGCAGCCGCAAAACCUGCAUGAGCACGCGACGCAACUCAUAGCAGAGGCAACAGCAUUGCUAACCCUAGAAAAAGGACAACGCCAAAAACUACCAGAUCAAUCAUUAGAAUCCUUUCUGAACAGCGUACAGGCUUAUGCCAAAAAAUCCAGGGCCGCACCAUCCUCCCACGAGAUCCUCGAUAAGUUGAAUCAGAUCCACCACAUCGCGAAGACCACCAUCUCAGACGACCUCACCCUCAUCAAGAACGCGCCCAGAACGCCUCCACCCGCACAAACGAACAGCAAGGAGAGGGAGAUAAUAGUCAAACUACACAACCCCGAGGCGGCCGCACUGCUGCGAGAUAAGACACCGGGAGAGCUACGCGAAAGAGUCAACAAUGCACUGAAGGAGCGAACACGCAGCACGGAGCGACCGAUUCAGGUGGUAGCCGCCAAACAACUGAAGAGCGGAGACGUGUCCAUUCACACGGUGAACAUCGAAGACGCCAACAAACUGCGAGAAGAACAACAGUGGACACAGGCCCUGGGCAGAGAGGCCAAGGCCCUCCAACCCACAUACGGGGUCCUGGUUCACUCAGUUUGUACGGAUAAGGAGAACAUAGACCCCAGCAACCAGUCACGAUCCAUCGAGAAGAUCCAAACAGAGAAUGCAACUUUACACCCUGGAGCAACGAUCACCUACGUAGGAUGGCUCACGAGGACGGGAGCAAAGAAACCGACUUCGUCACUGGUGUUGGAAUUCACCACCAAGGAACAUGCAGACCGAGCGAUCAGAGAGGGAUUGGUCCUGGAUGCCUGCUACCAUCACUGUGAACUCUACGACAGAAGCUGCAAGCUGAAGCAAUGCUACAAGUGUCAGAAAUACGGCCACAUUGGAACUCAGUGCAACGUCAAUGAAACAUGCGGAUACUGUGCAGAACCCCACAACACGAGGGACUGCCGAAAGAGAGAAGAAGAUCCAAACUCUACACCUAAGUGCGCACUCUGCAAAGGGCCACACGCAGCGUGGAGCAACAACUGCCUCACCCGCCAAGCAGAGAUAGCGAAGGUUGAACAAGCAAGGAGAAAUCGACCUUCGUACUACAUCAGACCCGACGCCACAAGCAAGGUGGCACAGCCUGCCACCCGCCCUACCAUACCCCUGUUCACCGGCGGUACCCUACGACAAACCCUGGACCAACGCAAACGUCCCGCGGAAGCCCAGCCGACUGAACGUACCACCGCACGACCGAGACGGAACCCGCAAUCGACCACAUUUCACAACUUCACGCAGGAAGAUUCCGAAGUCUUUGUGCUGAACAAAAUGAGCCUGCACAGAGCGAUGGAGGACCGGGAAAGAGAAAUGAGAAUUGAAAACGAGGAAUACACACCGAACAGAGAUUCGCCGAUAAUGACUCGCUCCAGAACCGCAUCCCAACAACCCCCUGUAGACCCAGCCCUCAUAGACCCCGCACUGACCGACCUCGAAAUGACGCAGAACGAUGAGAAGUCCAAGAACAAGGUCAUGGCCAGCCUGCUGAGGGAUGAGAGGAUCAAGGAGUUCGACGUGAUUGCAAUACAAGAACCGUGGCGGAACAAUUUCACCAACACAACCCACUACCCACGACCUCAAUCCUUCGAUCUGGUGUACUUGGACGACCCAGGCACCAGGACGUGCAUGUUUAUAAACAGAAGAAUACCGCGCGGCAGAUGGACCGCAACUACCCCCUCUCCUGACUUCUGCACUGUCUCCAUCCAGUGCACCGAGGCGCCCGAGGACACAAUCCAUAUCCACAACCUAUACAACCCGGAGACCAGCACAGGGAACAGCACCAUCCCCCUCCUGCGCACAAUGGUAACCGAAGCCGACAGUGAGAAACAGAUCGUGGUUGGGGACUUCAACCUCCAUCACCCACUCUGGGGAGGUACACGUAGCGACCAGGACGCUGAGGCGGAGGAGCUGGUCUCGCUCAUGGCCGACCAGCAACUGGAACUCCUGAUCCCUCCGGGGACGGCCACGUACGAUGAACACAAUAGACAAACCACGAUCGAUCUUGCUCUCGGUACACCGUGGAUCCACGAGAGGAAAGCCUACUGCGGGCUCAGGGAAGAUCUCGACCACCAAUCGGACCAUCAACCAAUCGCUGUAACAAUCAUGACGGCGGUUGAGACAUGCGACCCACCCGACCAAUGGCAAUGGCAACGGACGAACACAGAGACGCUGGAACUAGAACUCAAGAGGAAUCUACCCUACCCGACCGUCUUGGACUCGGAGGCGUCGGUGGACCACCGAGUACAAGGACUAGUUCACGCUAUAACAAGAGCCAUCGAUGCCUCCACGCCGAAGGCCAAACCAAGUGACCGCUCGAUCCCCGGGUGGACACAGGAGUGCAAGGAAGCACAGAGGACAGCGAGACGCCUUCGAAGACGAUACCAGAGGACGCGCCUCGAGAGCGACUGGGAGGCGUACUGCCAAGCCAGGAACUACAAAGCGAGACUCAUCAAAAAGACACUCCGCGACGCUUACCGAGCAAGGGUCAGGGAGGUGAGCGACUCGCCACACGGGCUUUGGAGGCUGGCGAGAUGGGCCCGCAGACGAGGGACAAGACAGGCGUUCACACCACCACUGCGCCGAAGCGACAACAGCCUGGAGCACAACCACCAAGCCAAGGCAAACCUGUUCAAAGAGACGUUCUUCCCACCCCAACCUAAUGUGGAUUUGUCCGACACUACAAACCAAAGGUACAGCGACCAACUUACCUUUCCCCCUAUCACAGAACAGGAGAUAACUCGAGCAAUCGGAUCCAUGGCCGCCAAGAAAGCACCGGGACAGGACGGCAUCCCGGCACACAUACUUCAACGACUGCUCCCCUACCUGACACCCCAUCUACUACAGAUCUACAACGCAUCCCUGGACCUACAAUACUGCCCAGCGCACUUCAGACAAGCCAAGACGGUGGUGCUACCCAAGCCCGGCAAGAAAGACCUGUCAGAGGUGAAAUCGUACCGCCCGAUAGCCUUGCUGAACACCCUUGGUAAAGCCUUGGAGUCCAUCCUGGCAACAAGGAUCUCUCAGGCGGUCGAAGAACACCAGCUCCUCCCACGCACGCACUUAGGGGGAAGAAAGGGAAUGUCGACGGAACACGCGCUUCAUGGUCUGAUGGAGCUGAUCUAUCAGUCCUGGGACAACGAUCAGGUAGCCAGUCUCCUCCUGCUGGAUGUAACAGGCGCCUUCGACCAUGUCUCUCACCCCAGGCUUCUGCACAACCUGCGCAAGAGAAGGAUGGACGAAAGGAUAGUGGGAUGGGUAGCGAGCUUUCUACGAAACAGGACAACUAUUAUACAGCUACGGGAGCACACAACAGAACCUCUCCAAGUGGAGACCGGGAUCCCACAGGGUUCCCCGAUCUCUCCAGUGCUCUACCUUUUCUACAACGCUGACAUCCUGGAAGACGCGCCCCUCCGGGUGACCGGGGCAGCGGCCGGAGGUUGGAUCGACGACAUCUACUUCUUCACCAGCAGCUGCACCACCGACGAGAACUGUAGAAAGUUAGCAAGAAUGCAUGGACGAGCGGAGGCAUGGUCGGCCACUCACGGAUCAAAAUUCGACCUCAAAAAAUACCAACUCAUCCACCUCACGCGAAAUCCAAGGAGACACGAUGUACAACGGGCUUUGACCAUAUCAGACCUAACGAUUGCUCCGAUGAAAGAGGUCCGCUACUUGGGCGUCAUGUUGGACCAGCAGCUACGAUGGGGCCCUCAGAUACAGCAUAUCGAAAGCAGAACGUCACUGACGUUAAAUGCCCUGAGGUCCCUGGCAGGUUCAACGUGGGGAUCAGCGCUGGCCACGCUAAGGCUGGCAUACCUGGCCAUAGUGGUCCCACAGAUCACAUAUGCCUGCUCCGUGUGGCAUACACCGCGCGGCGAAGCAGGGCUCACAGAAAAGAUGCGCACGACCCUUGACAGGAUUCAACGAGAAGGGGCGAGGAUCGUAGGAGGCGCAUACCGAGCAGCGUCGGGCGCGGCCUUGGAUGUCGAGCUCUUCAUGACGCCUCUGCGUCUGCAGCUGGAGGAGCGAGCACACCACGCAGCACUGAAUAUCCUCACCGGCAGCCAGUUCCAGAACGAAGACGACAACAGCACCUCAGCAUGGACCCCACCGAUACGCGGAGACUCCCCCACCAGCCCCCUAACACGCCUCUACAACAGCCUCGUGAUGAAACUGGGAGAAGGAGCGGUCAGUUAUCUGGAGUCGCGGAUCCCAUUCCCGGUAAAGCCGUGGUGGAGAGCGCCCACGAUCACUAUCACGGAAGGACGAGAAGCGGCGGAACGACUGCACACACACAUUAUCAGCGGAGCCGACCCACCACUGGCAGUCUACACCGACGGUAGCGGCAUACACGGGAAAGUGGGGGCUGCUGCAUUAGCGCCGUCGAUCCACACCCAAGAACUCGCUUAUCUCGGCAAGGAAACGUCUACCACCGUCUAUGCAGCCGAGCUUCUUGGCAUUCACAUGGGCCUAAACCUAAUCCUAGCGUCGGACCGACGCAGAGCAGCAAUCUUCACGGACAACCAGGCAGCCCUAAAGGCUCUCCAAAACCCCAGAAGAUCAUCCGGUCAAUCCAUACUUCGGAGGAUCAUAGAUGCUCUAGACAGGGUCCGCGCCCAGGGCCUUCAGGUGGAAUUCUACUGGAUCCCGGCGCACCAAGGAAUCGAAGGUAAUGAAUUGGCGGAUAAUCUCGCAAAGGAAGCGACGGGCUGCAGACAACAACGAGGCAGAAGAGGGAGGAUGAUCACAGUGGACACUGACGAUACCGCAGCUACACCUGACUUCCUAAGACACCUGAUAUCCGCAGCCAAGUCGGAACUUCACCGCCAGACCCAGGUACAGUGGGAGCGGGACUGGGAGAACGAGUCAUCGGGGCGAGCCACCUACGUGCUCACACCCGCACCAAGCCCUACGGUCCUCCAUCUACACCACUCCUUACACAAGGCCCUCAGUUCCACCAUCGUACAGAUGCGCACCGGCAAGAUUGGACUACGACAAUUCCUAUAUGAAAGAAAGGUGCCAGAGAUCACUGACACCCUAUGCGAAUGCGGUGGCGGAAAUCAAACAGUACGGCACGUCUUAUUAGCGUGCCCUAGGUUUAACAACCUCAGAGCGGAAACAUGGGAAGACACCGAGGGAAGAAGGGAAAGACUGGAUCUCAAGGAGAUCCUGACCACGCCUAAGCUAGCUAAGAAGGCUGCAAGAUUUAUGAUCUUAACUAGACUCCUCGGGCAAUAUGGAGCAAUUACGGAGGACAAAAUACGAUAA